GCAUCUUUCCGGUGGGCAGGUGUGCGGCUUUUAUUCUUACACUCAGCAUUAGCGGAACACGCCACACAAUUAAUCAACGUUCUGUACGUUUAUCGACUGAUUCAGACCAAUUACAGAGUGGCUAGGUAUAGAAUGGAAGGACUAAAUAUGGAGAAGGAAAAACGUGAAACGGAUUUAAAUCAACGGUGAUUUCUUAAAGCGAUUUUAUGGACUUUAUAAUGGAUUAACCUUACUAAGAUUUUAAAUUAAAUUAUGUAAUUUUUAAAAGCAACUUCACCAUUGUUCAAAAUGUUGCGAAAGUUAGUUGAGGGCCAGGGUGGAAAUUCCCAAAAGAAAUUUGUAAAUAUUACAAUGGAUGAAAAUUCCAACGUUUCUGAUAAUGAAAAUUCAUCUAAAGAGGAUGAUAUAGAGGAAGAUGAAGAACACGACGACGAUGAUUGUAUUAUCAUCGACGUCGGAGGUACAAAACAUAAAACACGGAUGAAAACACUGUCAAAAAUACACACGACUCGCCUCGCUCGGCUAGCAGAGAGAGCCCGAUCAUCAGGAAAGAGGGAAUUUUAUUUUGAUAGACAUCCGGAUUUAUUUCCAUACAUUUUGAAUUUUCAUCGAACAGGUAAACUACAUGUACCUUUACAUGUGUGUGGACCGUUGUGGAAAAGUGAACUCGAUUUCUGGAAGAUAGAUGAUAAAGAUAUACAGAAAUGUUGUUGGGUACACUAUAUCAGUUAUGAAGAGACUUUAGAAAUGAUAGAGCACUUUGAAAAAGAUGAUCGCCAUACUAGACUUGCUUCUCAAAAAGUGCCGGACAAUGCUAAAUUUUGGCAACGUUAUAGACCAAAAUUAUGGCGCGGAUUACAAGACCCCUAUUCUUCAAGAGCUUCCAUGGUUUACGCCGUAAUUUCGUUGCUUGUCGUACUAGUGUCCAUCACCGUAUUUGUUCUGGAAACAUUGCCAUUCUUUGGCGCCAUAACUGUGCAUGCCAAAAACAGCAAUGUUACAAGUGACGAUCUACGAAAGGAAUUCGACAUAUUUGAUGACGUUAGCCCAUAUGAUGUUCUUUUAAUCAUUGAUAAUUUGUGCAACUUAUUCUUCUUUACAGAAUUCCUAAUCAAACUUAUAGCAGCACCUUCAAAAUGGCGAUACUUCCGGUCGCCAAUGUCUAUUGUAGAACUGACCUGUUUAAUACCAUACUAUAUAGCGAUAGUUAUUGUUUUUGCUCAUCCAGAUCCAAUUAAAGUCUUCGAGCUCAUACGGGUUCUUGUAGCGUUACGAGUUCUCAGAAUAUUCCGUAUCUUUAUAAUAAUGAAGCAUUUUCUAGCACUUAAAAUACUUAUGUAUACUAUUGCAGCUAGUACAAAAGAACUGUUUUUGUUACUUUUAGUAGUUAUUAUAGGAGUGCUUGUGUUUGCAAGUAUGGAAUAUUAUAUGGAAAUAUUUUCAGACCAGACUUCUGAUUUUGAUCAUAUUCCUCUUGCUUUCUGGUGGGCCCUCAUCACCAUGACAACAAUCGGAUACGGAGAUUUAGUACCUAAAACCGCUCUAGGGUACAUAGUUGGUUCAAUGUGUGCAAUUAGUGGAGUGCUGACAAUCGCCUUGUCGGUACCUGCCAUAGUAAACAAUUUCACUCUUUACUACACUCAUGCACAAUCAAGACAAAAACUACGAGAACGGAAGCGGAAGUUUAACAAGGAUAAAUGGAAGAAAUUCAUUGACAAAUCAAAAGGCGGUUCACUUUUCAAGGCAAUAAAGGUAUUGUUGCCGAAGAAGGAUGGUACUAGUUCUGUAGGACAGGGAACAAGUUCAAACAUUAUACCAAAGAUUGAGAGAAGAUUAAAUGGAAAUAAAAUGGAGGACAAUGACCAUCCCAUACCACUUCCUAAAUCAUCAACAAAUUAUCCCAAAAUUUUUACUGUGUCAUCUAAAAACAAUGAUAAAGUUACAACAAGUUUCAAUAAUGGAACCGCUCAUCAAAACGGGCAUGCGCAAAAACAAAAUGUAUUGCCAAUGAAAGAAAUCAGGGAAGAUUCUAUUAUAAUUGAAAAUGGCAGUACAACAUUAACGGAAAUUAUUUGAAUUUCAUUGGGCAUUAAUUCAAAAUACUAUGAUUUCAAUUGUACUAGCAAUCUGUGAAAGAGUGUUUGACUUUAAACUCACCACUCGGCUUUUAGAAACACAAUCUUUACCACGAAGGAAGCACUUUAUAAUGUGAAUGGGAAAAACCGAUUCAAGGAGGCUUUCUGACAUUUAGAAAACAUAAACAAAUGAACGGAACUAUCAAUAGCGUAUGAGGUAGAUCGUACUCAUCGAUGCCAUGAAAUUGUAUUUAUCUCUUGAUUGAUACUUUUUUAUGUAAAUUUAAGUAACCACAAAAUCUGAUUAAGGUGGUACCUAAUACUACAGGGAGAUAACUUUGUAAAGUCAGCUAAACGUUUAAAUGAUGUUGUGUUGUAAAGGGAAUACCAAGCUUCUCAAUGAUCAAAUUUGGUGUUUGUCAAACUGCUAUAUGACCAGUGUUAUUUUUCUGACAAAACGGUUAUAAUCCUGGUACUUUUGAUAACUAUUGGUUCAAAAUUUAGAAAUUUUGAAAUUUUUGUUCAAGGGUCAAAGUUCAUAUAUUGUCAAAAUUUAAAGAAAAUUAAACAAGUCAAAUUAAUUUUAGUGAAAGUGUUGGGUACCACUUUAACAUACAGAUCCAGUGUUAAACUUUGCUUACAAGGAUCUGACAACAUCCGGUGUAUUUCUGUUCUGGUACUUAUUACUUCAAGGAAUUUUUAGCCUUCAAAUAUUUGAAGGUGUGUACUAAUCUGACAUAAUCAGAGGACUCUUAAAGUCCUUAAACCUGAAAGAUCCAUUUUAGGUUGGAUAUCAUGGAUAGAUUUUAUCUGUAUUUUAAUCAGUAACUUUUCUACGUUUCUUUGCAAACGUGGUAGAUGUAGUAUCAUUGAAGAUUGAUACUCCCAUUUUCAUUUGUUCCUUGAUGAAAGGAAUUUCGCUACUCACAAUAUCAUUGGUUCCUUGAUAUUUAACUCCUCGGCGCUUUGCUUGAUAUAUUUUUAAUGGGGGACGUAUUAUUGCUUACUAGUAUCUAGUAAUAUAUAGAAUAACUGUUUAAAAUGGGGAUAUAAAGUUAUGUUUGACUCCCCAGGUAACAGUCUUGUUAUAAACAGCUAUAUUAGCUUACAUGCAAAACUCUUGCUUGAUAAAAUAUCUUUUUUUAGAUUUUUUUUUUAUUUCGCCCACAUUAUGCAUCUAUAAUUGAGGGACGUGAUUAUACAACUUUAUGCUUUUCUCAUCACUUGGCGUCCGUCGUCGUCCGUCGUCGUCCGUCGUCGUUGUCGUUAAAAUUUUACAUUUUGAACUUCUUCUAGAGAACCAAUAAAAGUGC